AUGGCUGCACGGCAUCCAAUUCCCAUCACGUUAAAUUCGUGUCCCAGUGCUGCAAGUUGCAUUUGGUGUAUUUAUUUGAUUAUAUCCAUAGUGUUUAUUAAAGAUUAUGAAUGCAAAGUGACAUUGGCUAAGCGAAAGAAGCAUCAUGAAGAGUACGACAAUCGGGCAUGGCGCCCCGCUCUACCCUUCAUAGGGGCUUCGUACUCUUACAAUCUGAUGGGGCAGGGUGGGGGCCACAGAGACUGGGAUAGCACUCAGUUUCAGGAUAAAGCGUUAGAUAAUGUUUUCAAGAUGGGGCGGAAGCGUGAAGAGUUGGGCACGCUGUGGAGUGGAGAUACUGUAUUACAAGAAGAAUGGCAUCCACAUUGGCAGUUGCAAGUCUCGCUUAUCGCCCUUGUUUGUGGUUUAGCACUCUUUCUUGUGGUUCUGAUCUGGUUGAAGAAUCAAAUGUCCUCAUCAUCUUCGACAGGAAGUGAUAAAGUAGAGAUUGGAGACGAAAGUUUGUCACAUUCCGAGGGUCAGUGGAUCUAUCAUCCAGUGAUCAAACCAGUGACUACGGAGCAGUGUGAGAUUCUGCCCAUCAUUCCUCAUCCGCCGCAUGCUACCCGUGCCAUUUUGCCUGAAGUAAUGACUGCUCAUAAUUUAACCGAGGAGAAAAAAGAGCCGAUUAGGAUCAAGGCGAAGGGGCUUCUAGAACGGAGGGGCUCCAGUGCCAGCUUGACUAUUGACCUUCUACACCCGAGUCAAGAGAACCUGAGUGUUACUCCCACCCGAGAGUGCACUGCUGAAGAGUAUUUGCUGUCAGUUGGUAACGUACUGAGUCGAGGACAGCUGAGGAACUGUUUGAAAGACGCGAGAGCUCUGCACAAGGAGUUCUGGGAUCUUCCAUUGAACCAUCCGGAGAAGAUAGAGAUAACCGGCAGUAGUGCCAAAAAUAGGUAUCGGACAAUCAUACCCAAUGAGAACACAAGAGUUCAUCUACCAUUGGAACCACCCAGUGAUCCUCUCUCUGGGUACAUCAACGCCAAUUAUAUUAGGGGUUACGAUGGGGAGGAGAAGGCAUUCAUAGCCACUCAAGGUCCGUUGACCAACACGGUGGUUGACUUCUGGCGGAUGGUGUGGAGCGAACACUCGCCCGUCAUUGUGAUGAUCACCAAGUUGAUGGAGAAGUCACGCUCCAAGUGCGAGCUGUACUUCCCCAUCGACCCCGGCGCAACGGAGACCUACGGAGACAUAUCUGUCACCGUGUCCUCCAUCAUUGUCAAGGAUGGAUAUGUCAUCCGUCAUUUUAUAAUGCAGAAAGAAGACGAAACCCAACGAGUAACACAUUUCUGGUUUGACUCGUGGCCUGACCACAAAACUCCUGCCAAUGCUCACUCGCUGCUCUGCCUGGCUAAGGAUGUUGAGUCGUACAGGUUCAGAGACACUCAGAGAGGAAGUACCUCUUCCUGGCCACACUCGCCUAAACCUGUCAAGUCUGAUGGUACAAAGCAUGAAACUGAUUUGCUUUCACCCUGUCCAGAAGCAGCAAGUCCUCAGUCCUUAAAGGAAACCAGUCCUGUUCUCAACUUUGGCCGGCUGGAAUUUAAAGAAGAUGAACCCGAGAAAGAAUUGCGAAGUAGUCCUAAGAGUGGUGAUGAAAAUCUUAUUGUUUUGGCUCAAGAAGAUGUAACUGAGCCUGUCCAGAUAUCAUUGAAGCCUACUGUUGAAGCUCUUAAUCUGGAAAUUUUUAAGGAAGUAGAUGAAACCGCUUAUAAGAUUGUACCGGUUUUACCUGCAGAUAAAUUGAACAGUCCUACAUUUUAUGACAGGUCGUUAUAUUCUAAUGACGAUGUUUUUCAAGUAGGGUCUCUUCCACAAAAGAGUCCCAUUCAGUCCCGGGUUCAGUUAGAAAACAUACGUUCGAGAUCGGUGGAAGCGCCUUCGAGUGGAUCCUUGAAGUCGGAUUCGAGUCAAGAAAAAAAAUCCGCCCCUGGGGAGAUUUUCGAUUUUGAAAAACUGACAAUCUGGCAAGACACUAAUACGAUGUCUACAGAUGAACUGACUUCCUCCGAAGAGAGAAAAAAGUCUUCGGAUAUCAGUGAAAAUUUACCUGAAAGCUUUGAGAAAAAAUUCAAAGGAAUCGGUUGUACGUCAAGUCCCAAUUGGGCUUCGGAAGCGAGUCCUAAUCUUACUCAGAGUUUUGACAAAAGCACAUCUAAGCUGUCUGUUGACAGUCUUAGCUGGGGAGGGUUAGAUGUAAUGAGCCCUAACUUUUCAGAAAAAAGUCCAAACAGGACUCAGUCUUCAAUAGAGAGCCCAGUGACUCACAGCUCUAGUGAUAGCAAACGCUGGCCUAGGAGCUCAGACAGCAGCAAGCAGUGGACACGCAGCUCGCAAGGCAGCUCCGGCUGGGCGCAGAGCUCGGAGGAUAGUCCUCGGUGGUUUGAGAAAGACGAAGAGUCGCACAUACGAACACCAAGAGAUUGGUUUGACAAGAGUCCGCUGUUGAGCAGGCGGUCGCGUGAAGGCUCGGUGAGUUUCCUGUGGAACGAGGUGCCUGCUGCGAGGGGCCCGGCCGCUGGUCCUGUCAUAGUCCACUGCAGUGCUGGCAUCGGACGGACAGGCUGCUUCAUAGCUAUCUGUGUGGGUGUCAACCAGCUGCUGGGUGAAAACAAUGUUGAUAUACUGGGAAUCGUCUGCCGGAUGAGAUAUGACCGUGGUGGCAUGGUGCAGACAGCAGAGCAGUAUGAGUUUAUACACAGAGCUCUGGCAUUGUUUGAGCGAUCUCUGCCAGACCAGUCAGGUGAGUGAACCUACUCUGCUGCGGUAUGAGAGUAGAACCCCCGGGCCGCAGUAGCGCCCUCCGCCACAAUGCCACCACCGCAUUACGUCAUGUGGAUACUUCAUUUAUCAAAUGCUAUUACGUUUCACAAAGGCUAUUUGACUUUUUAAAGUUAAAUUCUCCUUUGUUAGCGUAGCGCAAUAGUAGCGAGUCUUACAGGAUGUGACUCGAUGGAAUCGUUGGGAUGUUUCCGUUACCUCUGACUGUCUAGUUACCUUGGUUCUUGCCUCACGUGACGUAAAUGUCUGCGUACAUACGGACACGUAUGUAUUUUGUAACUGAUUGAAAACUGAUGACGCUUAUAAUAAUAAAACUCGUAGAAUGUUAAGUGUGUAAAUAUGAUGUAUUGAUUUUGGCAGUUUGACACAAGUUAAAUAUUAUUUAUCUUAGACGUUGUAUUAUGUAUAUUCUAAAAUAUGUUUUGUAAUUAAUAUUUUUAUAUGUAAAAUUUACAUAGUUAUUGUUUUGUACUGUUUUGUUUCCUUUUGUUUUAGUUCAAUGUGACAUUUAUUUUCUAGUUAAGUUUAUUUGGUUAGCUUUCUUAAUUACUUAGAAGUAUCAUCUAUUAUGGAAGUCAACUGGUUUAUUUUCUAUCCUCUUUCAAAAGUAAAAAAAAAUUCAAGUUGAAUGGCAUAAUAAAACGUGAGAUGUAAAUUUACUGUUGUAUGUAUACUAUACUUAUAGUAUGGCGCAUAUUAAUAUAGGCUACGCUCAGAAUGUUCCUUAAACAUGAUAUCCAAUGAAAUAAAUUUUGAGUAAACUACUUAAAAAUAUAAACCGCUAUGAAUCGGUAAAUUAUUUAAAAUAAUAAAUAAAUUAGUAGAAUCUUGUUUUAAAACUAAUGGUAAGCAAUCUUGUAAAAUGAUUUUACCAGGCUAACAAAUUUUAAUUUUAACAAAUUUUAAUGAAGUUGACAAAAACCAAAAUAGUUCAAAUCAUGACAAGUUUUUAAUGUCAAACUUUUGGGUUUUUUCCAUAUUGAUAGUAAUAAAAUCAUACCAUACUUGUAUGAUAUGUGUUAAAUCUUUUUCAAUGUGUGUUUUUUUACCAUACAUAAUAAGAGCUCGUUUUCUUGGGUGCAAACUUCUUGGUCUAAUAUUGUUUUCUGUCAUCUAUUAUUACUUUCUACUUAGUAUUGACACAAACAGUAAGAGUUUACGGACAGUUUACCGAUCCUGUUAAGUAUAAACUGGCUGGGAAAAUUUACAUGGCAAUUAUACAUGAACAUUACAACCAGAAUUAUUUUAGGUGAAGAGCUCUUGUGAGAAGUGGAAUAAAACGGUAUAGGCCUAAACAUACAUAUUUUGUAGUGUGGCCAAAUGGUUUCAGGAAAUAUUUAACUUUUUGUGGAUUUUGAAGUGAAUAAGUAGAUGAAGGAAGUAGAUAGCACAAAAUUAAAAGCUUGUUAGGUCGGGUGUCGGCAUCGUAUGAAUCUAAUCGUGGAAUAUUUAAAAUUAUUCAAGUUUUUCAAUAUCAUAAUGAUAAAAAUCAGUAAUAACAAAAGCUGGAAUACUCAAAUUAAUAUAUAAAAGAUGUUUUUAUCCUAAUUAAAACAAGUUCAUAUUACUUUUAAGUAAGUCCUACAACAAACCUCAAUUCAUCUGUACCUCUACACUGAAAUCAACAUAAUUGUGUAAAUACAUCCUGCUCGGUGUUUAACCUUAGACUGAUGUCUUUAAUUUAUAACUUCCAUUCCUUUUGUAAAUGAUGUACUUAAUUUGACACUAAAACCCACAUUGUAUAGAUUAAUCGAGUUGUAGAUAGUCCCGAGGUAAUGUUUUAUGUGUCUUUGCAUUAUUAGUUGAAUUUUCAAAGUCUGAUUCUACGUUUGUGUAGAUCUCUUUUAUAGUAUAGAAAUUUUGUAAAGAAAGUUUACGUAUAUUUUCAGUGCACAAUGGGUGUACUCCCUAUUUUUAUGGUUACUAUUACUAUUAAUUACGUCAGAAUUUUUGUUAUGUAAUGAUAGCGUUUUAUGUGGAAAUGGAUUCAAACUAGAUUAAAAUCAAUGUUAAUUACUAAGUACUAUGAACACCACGUAGCGUUAGAAAGUUAAUGUAAGGCGCAAAUUAACAGUAGUCGUGAAUGGAUGGUAGAACACCAAUAACAUUGUUACUUGUCCUAUAGAGUUCUCAUGUCACAUCGGUAACUUGCACUCAAAUUCUUUAGAUCUUUCUGAUUUAGGUUUGAGGUCCGAAAACUAGAGUAUGUUGCUUUGUACAUUUUGACUACUAUUGCAAUAGGAAAAUCAAAUCCCAGAAAUAUCUGAAGCGUGUGGUUAACAAAUGGCAACAGAAUCAAAUGUGAAAUGUUUGAUCAAAAAGUCAAUCAAACUUUUGUAAUAACUUUUUUUACUGUUUUACAACAUUUUUCCUGUGCUAAAAACCUACUCUUGCCCAUUGGUUUAUAUUUUCUUACGUUAUUAUGGUGCAUAACUCUCAAUUGCUUGUAAAACCACUUUAAUAAGUGUUUUAAUUGAGCAGAAUAAAAAAUGUAUUGCGUGUUUUUUUAGCAGAAUAUUAUAUUGGUUAUUGAUGGUUUGGAAUAUUCUGUAGGAUAAAACUUGUAUGAAUGAUCAACCAACUAAUGAAACCUCAUUAUAAUUUCAAGUUUAUUUUUAAAAUGCAGUAAAAGUAGCCGUAUAUAGUGUUAUAUUUUGAAAACUUCAUCUAAUGUUUUUGUAUUAUAUACAUUUUGUACUUAUCACUCAAGAUUUUUUUAGAGGUCAAAAGAUUUGAUAUCUUAUCACAGUUAAGUCCACUAUGGAUGGGCAUCUUUGUUACAUUGAUUUUUGCUAACAUGUUUCACUUGUGUUUUACUUUUGAGUGUGACAUUUGGUAAAAUUAAGUUUGAAUUGAAGUAACAAUAUUUUGAUGUGUAUAAAAAAUAAUUCUGGUAUUGACUUUUACACUCCUAUGGCAAUUUGUAAUGACUAUGACAAAAAAAUUGAGAGUUAGCACUCUUUAGAACAUAACAAAUGCUACACAUAGAGAUGCUCUAAAUUUGUUAUAUUAAAAUUCAAAUAUUUAUCACUAAGUUGUGGUAUUCUUGGACUGAUUGGAUGGAGUUGAGUUGUGGGAUAAGUGUAGCCUAGUUAAAAACUUUAACAACCAAUCUCAGUUGUGCAAUAUACAAAAAUGAAUCCCUCUCAAACCACUAUAACACUUUCUGUAUAAAGAAAUCAGUGUUAUUGCAUAGUACAAAUUAUAUGUUAUCUUAUGAAAUGUUAGGUUACCAAGGCAGAUCAAAAGUUGAAAAAACUUGAGUCAACUUUUGUAAUUUUGUUUAUUGUGUUUUAUUAAUAAAAUAAUUUAUGUACAUCCAGUAUCUUGCCAAUCAAUGAGAAAUAUAUUGUUUUGUAUCAAGCUCA